AUCUACUACCGCCGCACGCACUGGUUGAUUCACACAUUUCGACGACGGUCUGCCCGUGCCGCACUAUGAUUCUGGCGGAGAUUUCACGUGCUGUCCGCUGAGGAGUCAUCACGACGACAAUAUUCGUUAUCGAUAAUAAUAAUAACAAUAAUAUAGUUGUGUACUUAUUAUAAGUAAUAUAAUAUAACGCCGAAUCGAAUUCCGCCGGCCACACGAUAUUAUACUAUACACUGUAUUAGGUGUACCUACUAUAUUAUAAUAUUAUUAUAUUAUCGUCGCAGUGCAACAAGACACAUCAAAAAUGUACGGGCUCUUAUUGGAAAACCUCUCGGAGUAUAUAAAAAAAAUGUACGGCGAAGAUAGAUGGGAAGAGAUUCGGCGAAUGGCCAAUGUGGAUCAACCUAGUUUUAGUGUACACCAAGUCUAUUGUGAAACGCUUAUUCCACGACUAGCGAAAAAAUCUCAACAAGUACUAGGAAUUACGGAGAAAGAGUUUUUUGAGCAAAUGGGAGUGCAUUUUGUCAGUUUUGUUGGCCAAUACGGCUAUGAUCGAGUACUAUCGGUAUUGGGGCGGCACAUGAGAGACUUUCUAAAUGGUUUGGACAAUUUACAUGAAUAUCUGAAGUUUUCAUACCCAAGAAUGCAAGCGCCUUCGUUCAUUUGUGAAAACGAAUCUAGACAAGGAUUGACAUUACAUUACCGUAGUAAACGUCGUGGCUUCGUGUACUAUACAAUGGGCCAAAUAAAAGAAGUGGCUAGGCAUUUUUAUCACAAGGAAAUGCGCAUUGAACUAGUUCGUGAAGAGAUUUUAAUGGAUACAGUGCACGUGACGUUUCAAUUGAAAUUUGAUAAUAGAGCGUUUACAUUAGCAUCGAUGACAAUGACGAGGGAGGAAAAACAUCUUCCAAUAAGUGCAUCGGUGCUGUUCGAAAUAUUUCCGUUUUGCAUUGUGUUCAGCUCCAACAUGAUUGUUCAAAGCAUUGGCAAUUCAUUGAUGGUCAUUUUACCAGAUCUAGUUGGAAAACGGAUUACUAAUUGGUUUGAUCUUGUUAGACCGUUAAUAGCUUUUAAAUUUCAAACGAUUUUGAAUCGAACGAACAAUAUUUUUGAGCUUGUUACUGUUCAACCAGUGCUUUCCAAUCGACCAACAGACAGACACGUCAUUCUGAGCGAUGAGUCUUAUUUUUCUCCAGAAGAAAACAAACUUCGAUUAAAAGGGCAAAUGAUUUAUAUGGACAAUUGGCAAAUGAUGAUGUACUUGGGUACGCCCGUGAUGCCUGAUCUCAAUGCAUUAGUAACUACUGGUCUAUACAUAAAUGAUCUCUCCAUGCACGAUUUCAGCAGGGACCUAAUGUUGGCAGGGACACAACAGUCAGUUGAAUUAAAGCUGGCACUAGACCAAGAGCAGUUAAAGUCAAAAAAACUGGAAGAGUCGAUGCGGAAACUAGAUGAAGAAAUGAAGCGUACUGAUGAGCUGUUAUAUCAGAUGAUACCCAAACAAGUGGCCGAUCGACUGAGGUCGGGUGAAAAUCCCAUAGACACAUGCCAAAUGUUUGACAGCGUGUCCAUAUUAUUUUCGGACAUAGUAACGUUUACUGAAAUAUGUAGCAGAAUCACCCCAAUGGAAGUGGUGUCAAUGCUGAACGCCAUGUAUUCUAUAUUCGACACGCUAACGGAACGAAACAAAGUUUAUAAGGUCGAAACUAUCGGCGAUGCAUAUAUGGUUGUAUCGGGCGCGCCGAUGACUGAAGACAAUCACGCAGAGAAAGUUUGUGAUAUGGCAUUGGAUAUGGUUGAUGCAAUUACAGAUCUUAAAGAUCCGUCGACAGGGUCUCAUUUGCAAAUCCGCGUGGGCGUGCAUUCCGGAGCAGUGGUAGCUGGUAUUGUCGGUUUGAAAAUGCCGAGGUACUGUUUGUUCGGUGACUCGGUCAACACUGCGUCCCGAAUGGAAUCCACAAGCGAAGCCAUGAAAAUUCAUAUAUCACAAACCACCAGGGAUCUGAUUUCGGCAUCGUACAUGGUCAAAGAACGUGGUGAGAUUUACGUGAAAGGAAAAGGCGCCAUGAAAACGUAUUGGUUGGAACACCGGGAAAGCCGACCUCCAUUAAGUCGGGUGCUACCACUGGCCAACUCCGAUGUACCAGAGUUGGAGUGGGAGCGUAGUGCCGAUGCUGUAUUCGAUAUUGUGGAACGCAACACGGACAUGAACAUGCAGUUGGCUGAAGACAGGAUCAGGACAUACUCACCGGUGACAUUUCAAGAAGUGGCAAGGCACUCGAUAUCGCGUUCACCAGUUAGAGAAUACUACCGAGAGUCUAGAUCGAACUCAAUAAGUUGCACACCCAUCGUUUCACAGAAAGAGCUGCAACGAUUGACGUGUCUGAACAGGAGUUCGUCUCCACUGUCACGAUUCACGAGGAAAAUCGAACAAUUGCCAAAGCCCGACUCCACUUCGACUACGGCUGCUGUCGUCGCCGUCCAGAGGCACAGAUUCGUGAGAAAUGCGGGAGGUGGUCGUGGCGGCACGCAGACGGCUCCGUCAUCACCAGAGACGCACAAGGAAGAGGAUACGUUAGCCGAGUCGUCGCCGAUCCUUCCGUUGGAACUUCCGGAACCACCUUCGGUAUCAACGCCAUCACCGCCACCACAUCCACCACCACCGCCACCACCACCACCGCCGCCGGCGACCAAGUCCAAUCCAGUGCUGGUGCACGUGGCCGAUUACGUUUCUUCCGAUUGUGUGGACAGCGUCGAUUCGGAUGACCAGCGAUCGCUGCAGACCCGUGAGGUUGACCUAGGCCGAUCGGACGACGAAGGGUCUGAUGACCACCCGCAUCCUUUCCCGGAAUCUUCCGAUGACGAUCUACCCCCGGACGAUGACGACGACAUUGAUGAUUUGGACCUAUCUUCGGUGGAUCCGACCACUCCGUUACCCCCAUCGUCGUCGCCCUCGGCGUCUCCGACCGAGGCCCGAGCGGUGACCGCGUCCAAGUCAGACGGGCAGAUAUAUGGUCGGCGGCGGCAGCGGUGUGACGAACUCGAUGACGACGUGAGUACGUCCAGCCUGAACCGGCAGACCCAGUGCUGUAUGAGCUUCAAAGCACACCCAAAGUCGUCCAGAAAGCGAUCACAGUCCCACUCUUGCAGGUUGAUCUGAUCGUGCAUCGCACCUGGAGUUACUCGUGUAUAUAUUUAUAUAUUAUAUUCAUGUUAACCGCUUUUAAGUUACCACGCGCUGUUGUCCAAACAUUUACGGCCGUAUUCUGCAGUUUUUUUUUUAUUCAAAGUUAGGCUUACUGUAGUAAUUAAACAGGUUAGUUGAAAUGAAAUCAUCAUAUGCAAUGCUUUCAUUAUCACUGAGCACUGCAUAAUAUUUAGCCGUAAUCAUAUGUAGCAUAAUUCAAUUAAUAUAAGCAUUUUAAAUGUUGUGCCUAAAUUGGUGGUUACACUAUUUUGAAUUGUUUAUAAAAACGUGUUUAAUUAUCACCACCAAUCGUCCAAAAUAUUGAAUCGAUGCAAAAAUAAAUUAUCAAAUUGUAUCGUACGAGUACCAUAACUACAACCUAUUUUACUGUUCAUUAAUUGAAAUGCCAUUGUGUAGUACAAAUUAAAAAAAAAAGUGUGUAAUAAACAUGCAUGUAUUUAAAUUUUCAAUAAAUUCAUCUUCCCUUCAAAUUAUCAAAAUGAACAUAAAAAGUAUGCAUAAUGAGUUUUUUUGUGGUAGUUUGGAAGGGAAUUUAGAAAGAAUUUAGAGCUGCAUUUUAUUCUCGUGAAAUCUUAUGCUAAACCGUUGUUGUAGAUGGCAUGUCAUCGCCUGUAGAUAUUAAAUCGGUAGAACAUUUUUCUUUGUGUGUGAUAUUACUUAAAUAUUUAUAUAAUAUAUUAUUAUGUGUAUACAAUCGAUUUCAAGUUAUUAGUCAAUUUUAUUCGAUCGCGAAUAGUGUAAUAUUUAAAUCAAUUUUUUUUUGAUUUAAUACACAAAUAUUUCCGAAAGAAACAAAAAAAAUUGUACCAUGUACCUAUUGAUAAUUGUAUUAUUAUUUUUAUAUUAUAAUAUCAUAUACUUAUAAUCACUCUUGGCUGAUCAUGUAUGUAUUUUGCAUAUUUUCUUAUAUAAUAAAUCAAUAGGUUUAGUUCCUAUU